AUGGCCGCCGGCGCCGUACUCUACGACAACAACAGCCCAGCCCACCACCACCAUCUCUCCUUCAACCUCCUGCUACAGGAGGCAGAUGAGGGUGUGGCGGCCAUCCAGGCCACUCUAGCCGCCGAUGCCUCCGUGGCGGCCAUCCCGCGGUCCUCGCGGCGGAUAAGACCCCGAGCCUCGUUGACGAACCCUAGAUCGCCUCCCCUCCCCGCUCUUUCCUCUCUCCUCACUCGAAGCCAUCGCCCGAGCUCGGUUGCCGCCGCGCCAUUGACGUUGUGGCGCUCUGGAGCCACCCCGCGCCGUCAGCUGCUGUCCAGGAAGACCACCAUCCACGACUACAUCAUCUACGGGUCCGGAUUGGCCCGGAACACCGCCGCAUCGACGCCAUCACCAUCUUCUUCCACCUUCGACCCCGACCUCCGCCGCCCUGGAUCCGCGCUCCGGCAAGCCCCCGGCCCGUCCGAGCUCGUCAUCGGCCUCCCCGGGAUGUCGGAGCCCAGGAGCCAGAUGCCACCGCCGAUGUCUACUACUACAUUGGAGGCCGCCGACGACCAGGAGUAGUUAGGAGGCUCCCAG